AUGGGGCAAGAGCUCAGCCAGCACAAAUUGUUUGUUCAGGGGUUAAAGGAAGCCCUUAGAACUAGAGAAGUAGAAGUGAAAGUUAAACAAUUGCUCACCCUUUUUGAUUUCCUGAAGGAGCCUUAUCCAUGGUUCCUUCAAGAAGGAACCAUUGACGAAAAAAGGUGGAAAAGGCUUCAUCCAUUUCUGAGGAAAAGCCAGUUGACAAACAGCAUUGGGUACAACAAGUCCCUGGAUGAAAACAGAAAAAUGAUACAGUAUGAUAUCCACAAUCUUGUGAGAUUUUCUAAUCGCAGUUUGCUGCUGGUUAAACUUCAUCCAUUUCUGAGGAAAAGCCAGUUGACAAACAGCAUUGGGUACAACAAGUCCCUGGAUGAAAACAGAAAAAUGAUACAGUAUGAUAUCCACAAUCUUGUGAGAUUUUCUAAUCGCAGUUUGCUGCUGGUUAAAUGUAGUCGCAGCUGUGUUCCUGGAUUUCAAAAACUUCCCCAAGAAGGAAGACCUGUUUGCUGCUUUAUUUGUGUCUUGUGCCCAGUGUCAGGCAUUUCAAAUCAAACAAAUGCAAAGCAGUGUGUCCAGUGCCCAUCUCAAGAGUAUCCAAACAGUGAAAGAACUCAUUGCCUUCCCAAGCCUGUGAUAUUCCUGGAUUUUGAAGAUGCUUUGGGGACAGCCAUGGGCUGCAUAGCUCUGUGCUUCUUUGUUCUCACAGCUGUAGUUUUGGGGAUCUUUGUGAAGCACAGAGACACUCCUAUUGUCAAGGCCAACAACCAGGCUCUCAGUUUUAUUCUUCUCAUCUCCCUCCUACUGUGCUUCCUCUGCUCCUUGCUCUUCAUUGGUCAUCCUAACACAAUCACCUGUGUCCUCCAACAAGUUGCAUUUGGCCUUGUGUUCACUGUGGCUGUUUCCACUGUUUUGGCCAAAACCAUUACUGUGAUUCUGGCAUUCAAGGUCAUGAAGCCUGGAAGAACAAUGAGGUGCUUGCUGCUGUCAGGGGCUUCCAACUCUGUCAUUCCCAUUUGCUCCCUGAUCCAAAUGAUUAUCUGUGGAAUCUGGCUGGGAACCUCUGGCUCAGUCACUGCCUUCUACUGCAUCCUGGGCUACCUGAGUUUCUUAGCUCUGGGGAGUUUCACUGUGGCUUUCCUGGCCAGGAACCUGCCUGACACAUUUAAUGAAGCCAAGCUCCUUACAUUCAGCAUGCUGGUGUUCUGCAGUGUCUGGAUCACAUUUGUCCCAGUCUAUCACAGCACCAAGGGGAAGUUCAUGGUGGCUGUAGAGGCAGGGGUACUGGUUUUGCUUUAUGGAGGUGCUCAAGAAAAUGAGGCCCUAGAUGGCAACAGCAAUGCGAGACAUUCCAAGGGCUCCAUGUGUGACCCUGCCUUUCAGCAAUCACUGCCCUGCCAGAUGGAAUAG